AUGAAGUGUUUCAAAAGGUGUUUCAAUACAUCAUCCAUUUCGCUCGCUAAGAAAGUCACCACUAAAUCGAAAACAUCAGGAUCAAACAAUGCAUUACUCGGACGUACAAGUAGUAAAUUAUCAGUUGGUAUAGUUGGACUUGCAAAUGUUGGUAAAAGUACAUUCUUCCAAGCAAUAACUAAAUCAUUAUUGGGGAAUCCAAAUAAUUUCCCAUUUGCCACCAUAAAGCCCGAAGAGGCACUGUAUAGAGUGCCAUCAUCAAAGUUGAUUUCAUUAUCCAAAAUUUUCAAAAGUUCAAAGAUAACACCAUCAUAUUUGAAGAUUGUGGAUAUUGCAGGAUUGGUGAGAAAUGCUUCAAAAGGUGAAGGUUUAGGGAACCAAUUCUUGGCUGAUAUUAGAAAUGUUGAUGGUAUUUUCCAUGUUGUUCGUGGGUUUGAUGAUGAUACUGUCACACAUGUUGAAAUUAAUGUUGAUCCUAUAAGAGAUUUAGAAAUUGUUAAUGAUGAAUUAUUAUUAAAAGAUUUAGAAACAGUGGAGAGUGCGAUGGAGAGAAAUAAAAAAGAUAUGAAUAAACAGAAUUUAAGAGUGGAGAUGAUUAAAGAGAAUGAAGUGCUGGAGAAAAUUAAUGAUAUAUUAUUUGAAAAUGGUAAAUUAUCAAAUUAUUUGGAAUGGAAUGAAGAUGAUGUUAAGGUUAUAAAUAAACACAAGUUCCUAACGGCGAAGCCUACUGUUUAUUUAUUGAAUGUUUCCAAACAAGAUUAUGAAUCCCAAACUAAUAAAUAUAUUGAAGGAGUGCAAAAUUGGUUAAAAGAAUAUUCACCAAAUGAUAAGUUAAUAAUGUUUAGUGCAGAUCAUGAACAUGAAUUUGUUAAUAGUGAAGAAUCUUCACCAAUUAUUAACGAAAUGGUUUUAGCAAUGAAGGAUUCAUUAAACUUGAUUAGUUAUUAUACUUGUGGUCAAAUUGAGGCAAAAGAAUGGAAUAUUAAAAAAUUAUCAACAGCUCCAGAAGGUGCAGGAUUAAUUCAUACAGAUUUACAAAAAAAUUUCAUCAAUGUAUUAGUUUCAAAAUCUGACAAAGUUAUUGAAAGACAAGAUGAAUUGAAAGAUGUUGCAGAUGUGGAAAAAGCUAUUAGAUUCGAUAGACAUGGUAAAGAUUAUAUAAUUGAGAAUGGUGAUAUUCUAAUAUUCAAGGCUGUUGGAGGAAAGACAAAGUGA